AUGGAUAUUCCUGGGUUUGCAGGCAUGAAGGGCUCAGCCAUUGAAAACUUCUCCUGUGUGAUUUAUAACAUCUUCCUCAUGAACUGUACUUGGCAGGCAGGAAGGGAUGCUCCAGCAGACACACAGUAUUUUCUCUACUGGCAGCAGUCAAGAGGUGAAGAGGAGAUGGAAUGUGAACUUUACAUUAAAGAUGAAAAUUUCAGAAAUGUGGGAUGCAUCUUCCAAAACGUGAGCAUAGGGAUUGAAAAAGCUUACUUCCUGGUGAAUGGGUCUAGCAACAACUCCCUGAUCCAGUUCUAUGAUGAGUACAUUGACCUGUAUAAAAUUGAAAAGCUCAUGCCACCAUCAAAUAUCACAGUCACCUGUGAUGAACUUAAAAAUGAUUGCAUAAUUCAAUGGCAACGACCCCAAAUAAGUCAUUCUAGCAAAGACAUGUGUUUUAAAUAUGAAAUUAACAUAAAGUAUAAGGAUAAUCCUAAAGGAAAACCCAUAUAUACUUCCAUACAAGAAGGGGGAAACAGUAAUAUAUUUCUAAGAUCAAAUACAAGAAAGAAGUACAUCUUGAAAAUGAGAGCAGCUGGCAGUGCCUGCUUUGUGAGCCCAGCCUGGGGGGAAUGGAGUGCACCUGUUGAGUUUGGAAAUGAGGAAAUGAUAUCUUCUUCAGUAUGGAUUUUACUUGGAGUAGGAGUUGCAACAUUCUUAAUGGCAAUCAUCACAAUUUUUUUCUGCAAAAGGACUGGCUGUUUGAAGGCAGCAUUUCCACAGAUCCCAGGACCAAAACCUGCUUUAUUUACACUGGCUAAUACAAAUCCAGAGCUGAUGGAGACCAAAAUACAGUCAAUAACAUCUGAAAAUGAAGAGAUAGUAUUAGUUGCUGACAUCGUGAGAUAG